AUGUCCUUAUUCGGCGCGCCUCCCGCUGCGGAGGCGCCUAAUCAAACCCACGCACCAUCCCACUCGCGUUCCAACUCGUUUUUCCAUGGCCGCCGCCAUUCGCGCUCCUCCUCCCUCGUCUUCAAGGAUUUCCCCCCGCAAAUCUCGCACCAGCGCGAUCCGUCCUUUGCCGAAUGGACCGGCGGGAAAGACCCCCGCACAUUGGCACCCUCCUCAUCCCCUCCGCAACCCACCGUUCCGCCGCAGGAACUGUCAGACUCAUGUCCCCUGGACUCCACUUCCCCUCUGCCAAACCUCUUUCCCCUUAAGGAGCUGCAGCAGGCGCCUUCCCCUCCGUCAUUGCCGCAAUUAGGCAAGGUGAAGGAGCAAUGGCGGUCCAUCUCAAGCCUCUCUCUCCCUCGCGCAUUUUCCGGCCGCCUAGAGCACCUCGCCAUCCCCUCCCCCUCGGUCGAUCACGCUUCUAAGAACCGCCCACAUCCCUUCUCUCUCUUCCUCUCCUCGCUUCACGAUUCCCCGUCCGAAGGCUCCGCAGAGCCUUCCCCCGCGUCGCUUAUUAACUCCCCGAACUUCCCCAACUCCCUCAUUUCCCCCGACUCUCUUAAUUCCCCAUGUUACUCCUAUUCCACCUCGACUAGCUCCGCAGCUUCCACGCCUUUCGGCGGGCCGCCUUCGCUUUCAUCCCUCACCACCACCCCUUCCUCCGCCUCCCCUUCCUCUUCCACCUGGUCAGACCUCUCCCCCUCCGUCGCCUCCUCUUGCUCCUCCGCCGCUUCCCCGUAUCCGUUGCUCCGCCUCGCGCUCGACAGCCCCUCGGCGCGAACCCCCUCCGUGCGGAGCCCUUCCGCUUCCGCCAAGGGCGCAGCCGCGCGCCUCUUCGACAGCCCGCGCAGCCGGUGCCAGAGCCCGCUAAGCCAGAACAGUUUUCCGCCGUCGCAUCUGCAACCCUCCGCCCACCAUGGCGCGUUUCCGCGCUCGGGGAGCGGCGGAGCCGCUGCGCCCAGCCUUCUCGGGGGAGCCGCCAGCGCCUCCGCGUGUGCCGAUGGCGCUGUUAGCGGUAACAUGCUGACUAGUCCUGCUGCCGCCGGCGGGAGCCCGAGUGGCGGAACAUGUAGCGCCCAAAUGAAUGAGCGAACGGAAAGCGCGGGGGAUAUCACAAGUGGGAGCAGCGACGGCUCUUAUCCUCAAACUGGUCGCUCCUCUGCUGACACGUGUCAGGAAUCAACGGCAGAGCUUGACCGCGGGUUGACGGACAUGGCGGCUGCAGCCGCCAUUGCUGCUGCCGUUGGCGGGCCAUGGGUGGCAGCGGAUCGAUUCCGAGUGGAGAGCAGCGCAGCGGCAGAAAGGCGGGCGGAACGCCAUCACCGCCGCAAACAGCAGCAUCAGCAGCAGCAGCAGCAGCAGGAACCGCAGCGGCAGCAUGAUAGGAAUGCGGGGACUGAGACGGAUAGCGAUGAUCCCGGAAGGAGGCGGCGGUCGAAGGAUGGCAAUCGCAGCGGAAGCGGGAGUGGUAGUGAAGGAGAGGCGGGCAGCAGUGCUUUGGAGGAUGUUGCAAGUGCAGGGUUGACUGGGCGUGUGUUGGGUGGUCGUGAGGGAGUGCCAGACAAGAGCAGUGCGGCCUUGGAAGAGAACAGGAGGGGGGGAGUUGCAAUGGAGAGGAGUAAAGGGCCUGAGGGCACGAUGAAGGUGGGACGAGGGAGAGAGAAGCAGAGUGAGGGGAGGAGUUCGGCAGGGCAGGUGGUGGAGGAUCAGGUGUGGGAGGUGACCGCAUGCUUGCAACCCAAAACACUGUAA